AUGGACUCAAUCGAUGAAUUUUACAUAGGUCCAGCCCGGUUCGAUUCCCGGGACCGUUCCGUUAUUGCCGCCCUACACAGCGCUGGUGGCUUCGAUGGGAUCAGAAUUUCGGGUUACCUCUACAAACAGUCGAAGUUUAUUAAAACGUUCCGACGCAGAUAUUGUUGUCUAAUUGGUGAUAAGCUUUUCGCAUUCAAGCGGCCGGAAGACCUCGCGAGGGGAUCCUAUACGGAGGUGUUGGAAUUGGAGAGCGCUGACUAUCUAGUGGAGUGGGAUGUUGUCCCGAAUAUUCAUAAUGUGAAGCAGAUCGAGGGGAAAUACGCCUUUGAAAUUGGCACGAAUGCGGAGACUCCUGCGAGGAGGGAAUGGAUGUUUGCAGUUGAUACGGAAGUUGAGCGCAGACGUUGGGUGCACAGUCUGGGGAGCUUUUGCAAGCAAGUCUGGCGUCCUGAUGAAACAGGGUUGGAAGGUCAGUUGAGAAUCUUGCGAGUGAAGGCGAUCGAAAAUGUGCCAAACAAAACGUAUCUUAUGCACAGUGACGGUCGGGCACCGGUGAUUGAAGAUUCUGAUAAUUCCGAAAAUGGCUUCCCCUUGCCGUCGCUUUCAACAACCAGUGGACGGCGGGAAUCUUCGGACGAGCGCACAGCGAAGAUUCGUGAAGAUUGCUCUAAUGUUGAUGAUAAAAUUAUUGACCUCACCUGCUUUGCUGAUCAAAACCACACUUGCAGCAUUUGUUUCAAAGACUUGACUGAUGAAGAGGUAUGGGAGCUCACUUGUGGGCAUUACUUUUGCUUGGAUUGUAUCAAGGAGUGGUCGAGGUUCAAGCGCACCUGUCCUGUGUGUCGUGAAGUAUUCUAA